UUCAAAAGUAAUGAAAGCACCUCUAGUUUACUCCAUUCUCUUUGGGCAGACGAUGAUUUGAUGAUCUUGCGGCAGAUUUAUGGAAAAUGUCUUCCCAAGAGAUGGAAAAGAUAGUGAAGUUGUACAAAAUCGUUGCGUCAAAUCCGACAUUAACAUCAGCUAGAAUUGCGUUUAAAACUGCAAGUGAUAUCCGAGUAGAGAGCAAAUGGACCCACCGGAAUCUGGAGAGAACUGCGAAUCAAGAGUUCAAAAUUGGGCAUCUCUUGAAUGAUCAACUCCAAGUUAGAUUUGCUACUUUCCCCGAUGAUGUUACUUCUGUAUUGGGCUCAGAAAUAAGUAAGGACAGCCGACGUAAAGCAGUUCUCUGCUCGGGCCCGAAUAAAGAAAAAGACUCGAGGAAGCAAUUCAUCGAGAUUUGGGACGAGCACUCCCAGUUAAAGAACUUUGACUUGUCCUCGUUGGAUGUUCAUGGCGACGUCUACACAGACGCUGAGUUCGGAUCAUUCCAGUGGUCUCCUGACGCCACAAAACUUGUGUACAUCGCUGAGAAAAAAUUACCAAAGUCCGAGCCGUUUUACAAACAAAAACCCCUGGACAAAAAAUCGGAGAAAGAGGAAGCAGCGAAAGGGAAUGAAUACAUCUAUAAACCAGACUGGGGUGAAGCCCUCGUGGGGAAGCACCAACAGGUAGUGGUCGUUCUGGACACAGCCUCUGAGACCUUGACAGUCCAAUCAGGAAUCGACGAGGCCCUGUCUCCAGGCCAGGUCAUCUGGACACCCAAUGGUGAUGGGAUCGUUGGAAUCGCUUGGAAUCACGAGCCAAGAUAUCUGGGGCUCGUUGCCUGCACAAACAGGGAAUCCUGGGUGUUCUUAUUGAAGGACGGAGUCUUUCAGAAAUUAUCCGGUGAUAAUCGAGGAGUGAGGUCUCCCAGAUUUAGUCCAGAUGGAAAAAAGUUGGUGUGGCUGGAGCGGGACCUCAGUGGACCCCAUCACAUUACCCACAGGCUCAUGUCGAUUGAUUGGGAAAGCUCGGAUAGGACUCCAACAAUUCUCAUUGAUCUCGUGAAGACCAAAGUGGAGAUCCACAAGGGACUCGAUUUCUAUGGACUCUACAAUCGAGAAUUACCCAACAGAUGCUGGAGCAAAGACUCGAGAUAUUUAUUCCUGAGUUCGCCCCAGCGAUCCAAUAUCAAGUCUUACGUGCUGGACACUGAAACGAAAAUUCUAUCUGAAAUUCCUAAUGAUGAUACGAGUCUUGUGGUAUUGGACGUCUUUGAGAAUUUGGUUUUACUAAAGAAUACUUCGUUGUUGGUGCCCUCCGUCCUGAUGGCCAGCAAAUUCGAGGGAGAUGGAAGUGGAAUGAAGCUGAUCCCCAUCACCGCUGGCAGUAUGAUCGAGGGGACCGAGGAUAUGCAGAUAGAACACGUGGAUUACGUCUAUCAGGGGGAGGAUGCUGUCCGGGACUUCAAUUUCACGUAUUUUGGACCGAAGACUGGAGCGGCGAGGUCUGUUCCUCUGAUUGUCAUGCCCCAUGGGGGGCCUCAUUCCAAUUACGUCAACAUGUUUCUACUGGAGACCUCCCUGCUGACUCUGUUGGGGUACGCAAUGAUUCAGGUUAACUACAGGGGCUCUACUGGAAUGGGUUCUGAUAACGUGGAGUACCUGCAAGGAAGAGUGGGCGAUGCAGACGUCAAAGACUGCGUGACAGCUACUGCGGAGGCCCUAAAAAAAUACCCCUGGCUCGAUCCCAAUAGAGUGGGUCUCAGUGGUGGCUCUCAUGGAGGAUUCCUUGUAGCUCAUCUCAGCGGACAGCAUCCGAACAUGUAUCAAGCCGUUGUGGCGAGAAAUCCAGUCAUCAACAUUGCAGCUAUGUUCACGAUAUCAGACAUCCCCGAUUGCAUGCCAUACUAUUUCAGGUGUGCAGCAGUGUCGAAUGAGUCGUAUGACAAAAUGUCCUCAGAAGAGACUGCAGAGAUGGUGGUGAAGAUGUUCAAGUGUUCACCAAUCGUUCAUGCGCACAAAGUCAAGGCACCGACGCUGAUGCAGAUCGGUAAGAAUGAUCUUCGAGUACCACCGUCCCAGGGUAAACACUGGUAUCUUCGACUGAAGGCCAAUGGAGUUAAAACAAAAAUGCUAGUGUACGAUGACAAUCAUCGCCUCGGCACUGGUCUAGCUGAAAUCGACGAGAUAAUCAAUGCUAUACUGUGGUUCGAGGAGAAUCUGAGGGCCAAAGCCAAUGACCACUUGAAAAGUGAUUGAAUUUUGCUAUCUUUGUUAUUAAAUCUGUUCGUUUUAUUACACUAUCUUGAUACAUCAAUUCUAUUAUUAUAUACCUUGGAUUACCAUUUGCGUAAUAAACUGCAUUUAAAUACAAAUA